AUGAUGGCAGAGCUCGACGAUGAAACUCAGUCACUGGUGCAACAACUUUACGAUGCGUGGAGUACUCAGGCGGAUUCGACAUUCUACCUCAGCUUUCGCGACAAACUACUCGCCCAACGUGAACGGGUCGAUACAUGCAUAGCAACUUUGAAGACUGUUAUUACUGUCGCAUGUCCCCAGAUCAAUGAGACGGAACGAUACUUUGAUCCGAGAUGGGAGGAGCUAUUCACUUUGGCAGCGUCGAUUGAGUCCAGCGCUAAGGAGGAAGGCGGGAGUCUCGGAAAACGAAAGCGCGAGUACAACGAGGUUCAUCGUCUGCGCAAUCUAGCCGUAGUCUCCGCGUUGUGGUCGCCUGCCUUGGUUCGUUAUUAUGGUUGGAAUACUGCCGCUCAAGGUUGUAUGCGACUUUUGAAGACUUGCGCUUUGCGAUACCCAAACUUCAGUAGGCAGUUUCGCCCUUACCUCAAUCGUGUCCUGCUCGACAGACAUUGCCAGGCCAUUAUCUCCGGUCGGCUGAAGAAUCUCAACGAAGCCCCAUUGCAAUACCAUAGAGAUUUGAGUAUCGUAAUUGCGGGCGGUGUCGUCCCUGAUGCAGGAAUCGAGGAAUUAUGGGUGACUAGCUUCGAUGGAUCGGUGCCUGUCGAUCUGAAUGGCCGUCUUCUCAAAGAUUUGAGACCAUACCACGUUCACCAGUACCUCUUGCGUCACGACCGCUAUGGCAUGCUUGUCACUAGAGGAGAUUACCAAGACGUACCGACAGCCAUGCAUCAACAGUCUGACUUCUCACAUGUACAUCCAGUGUAUGGAGAGAUGCUUACACAGGAUAAAGCUACCAUCGCGUAUGCUCCCGAUAUCAUGUUCUCUCCGAUGUUCGCACCAUCAGGUGGGAACGAGGUUUUCGAUAACUUUGCGUUCGAUCAUCAAGAUGAAUCAUUGAAUCAUCACCCAGAUGAUGUUUCUAUUAUCACUUUUCCCAGCGAUGACACUAAUGGCCUGGCCUUAAAUGUAGAUGAAGUGCCGAUCACUGAGAAUAUCACCAGCUCAGAUCUAUCUGAUCAAGGCCAUGCAGAGAACAUCAACACAUCUGAUCUAGGUCGAGGAAUUGAGAGGGAUCAUAGGAGGCAGUCGCAAGGGGAGUUUGUUACCAGUGUGACGAGAACCGCAAAAGAGAUACCAACCACGGCUGAACCUAGAGACCCUCAUCCCGAAAUGAGUAUAGCUUCUGGGUCACCGAAGAGAAGGCUCACAAUAGAAGAUGAGCUGCACAACAGAUACGGCCAGAUGUUGUCGAAUUAUAUCCAGCAACUGAGCGAGGAAGCGGAACCAGGCUUCGCACAGCGGCGCGCGCGAUUGCAAUGGCUUACACAAGACACCAGGUUGGCAAGGAUAUGGUCAAUUUCUCAAUCUAGGGGUAUGCUGCCUGGCAGUGCCACUUCAAAAGCCGAUUGCGAUAUCCUGUACUGUUCUGUCGAUGAUAUGCUUGAAGCAGCACGAUCUGGCGAAGUUUUUCAGAAGCCUGUGGUCAUCAAAGAAUCAUUCUCUGAUGCCGGUAUGCACAACUAUGAACGCUUCUUAUCGUUGCUCGAGGAUGCUUCCAGCUCUGAGGAACAAGCAGAAGUUCGCUGCAUCAACAUUGACGAGCCCAUGUGCGAAGCCCUUGGACAGUUUACCGCUUAUUUGCGUGCGCAUCCUGAAGAUACGAAUGGGUUCUGGAUGUCAACAUUGCGCAGUGUGGCUAAUUGCCAUCGUCCGCUGUUCACGAUGCUUGCUCGUUUUCGACUCUUGGAGAGUGUUACUGCAGGUCUUCACGACAACCGCUUCAACUUAGCGCCACCGCCACUAGGGACGACUAUGUCUGUCAACUCUAAUACCAUCUCUUUUCCCGGCUCAUUUUCUGGUGCGUAUGUCAAUACUGCAGCUGGUAGCUGGCAGCGUAUUCUAUCCGGUUUACAACUCUGGGUCUUUGUGCCAGAGGAAGCAGUGGAUCCAAGCGACUUUGCAGAUUUUACGAAUGGAGAGAAUGAUUGGCUGCCGCUAGGGAGGCAACGCUUGGUUGUCUUGGAAGAGAACGACGUCCUAUUUGUUCCUCCUGGGCUGCGACUAGUGCAGGCAUGGCACACGCCAGUGACUUGCCUAACGGAGCAAGGAUUAUUAUGGGACGAUCUGAGUGUCUUGCCAAUCUUGGAUAGUAUGCUCUUGGGUCACGAGAAGCAGGCUGUGCAUGAAGACCGUAGUGCACAGCAACUCUCUCGUAUGAUCAGCAACCUCGAUUGCCUGAUCAGGGAGCAACCUGAUCGAUUUAGGAAGUGCAUGGCACGGGAUGAAUUCUUGGUUCGCUUCCGAGCAGCCAGUCAGUCUUGGCUCAAGACCUCUUCAAAUGGUGGUAAACCACGAUAA